CCAAUCUUUUUCAAAACCUAACAAUUAAACUAAUUACGGGUUAUCCUUAAUUUGAAUUGAUUUCAUGGUUACACGACAAUAGUUAAAAGAGUCUUUCUACUUUGAGUUACAUCAAGAACAAGGUUAGAAAUCGAAUAUGCGAUCAGUUCGUGCAUUAUUGUCUAGUAGGAUAUACAGAUUUGUUGAACAAUGUAGAUAUUGAGUCUAUUUUAUAUUGUUUUUUCCAAAUAUGAAAAUAUGUCCUGAUCUUUUGUUAAAAUAUGUACUACUCGGAUAUUUUCUGAUUUAUGAAUUAUUUAAUUAAAUUUUAAUUUAAUUUAAUUUUUGGAAGAGGACACCCCUAUAAAAAAAUCCUGGAUCCGCCACUGCUUGAAGAUGGGUGUCGUUUUCGAGUGAGGCUGUGGCACUUCCAGAGGUUGAGACUUGGAUGAUUGGAGGUGUAAAGGAUAAUCACAAUCUGAGACAAUUUUGUGGGUUUCACAACUAUGCAUUGGAGCUUCAUCCAGAAGGCGACACUAAGAGGAAUGCUUUCACAGAUGAAGAGCUAAAGAAUAUCAAGGAGAUGCAAUGAGCUUGUGUUCCUCUCCGAAAAAUGACGCAAACUAUCAACCAAAAAUAUAGUACUCACAACGACAAACAACAGUUUUAGAAUGCGACGAAAAAGGUAAGGAUUGAGAGAUUGGGUGGCAUGACCACUUCGGAUUGGAUGUUACACCAUGCCAGAGAGAAAGAGUACUAUGCUAUCUACAAGUGUGAUGAUGAUUGUCACAUUACUCACCUUUGUCUUGCUCACCUUGAGUAUGUUUGGAUAGUGAGAGCUUAGUACCAUGUAAUCUUGAUUGAUUCCAUGUACAAGAAGAGCAAGUACAACAUGCCCCUAGUUGAGAUUAUUGGUGUUACCCCCCGUCAAGAGGAAAUUCAACAUUGGGUUUACUAUGAUGGAGGGGGAAACCACAUAGUAUUAUGUCUGGCUUUUGAGAGAGCUAUAGAACAUGUUUGGAGAUCGCAUACUGAGUGCGAUUCUAUCUAACAAGGAGAGAAAUUAACAUCGAUAGGGAAGAAGGCCCUUGAAAAAGGGACGGGACUGUGUGGGCAGAGUGAGGAGAGAGAAUGUGAAUUUUGUAUUUUAUUAAAUUAUUAAAUUUUUAUUAAUUUUUAUUUUUCACAUGGCAUUCACGUCAGUGUAGCAUGCUGAUUCACCAACGGUCAAUGAUGUUGACCGUCUAAUUCGACGAAAAUUCACGAGUCAGACCAAAUGAGUCUAUAUGGUGCAUAGUUAAGACCAUGAUGCUAAUUUCUGAAAUCACGGGCCAAAGUUGGUUAUAUGGCCAUAGUUCGACUCAGAAUAAGGUAUUAACUCUUUUAAACCUGAUAAUUUGUCAUUUUAUUUGUAUUGGACUAUUUUAUUUAAAUAUGAAUAAAGAUUGAUUACAUACUAAUUAUCUUAAAAUAAAUUAUAUAAAUGCAUUUCAUUUUGUGUUCUCUUAUAUUUUUAUUACAACCAACAUAAAUAUACAUAUAAUCAAUGUGGCUGAAAGGCUGAAGAGUCUCACCAACGUUGCUUCUCUUCUCUUCCCCGGCCGCGCAGCCAUCUAGCUCGCCGCUUCACUUCCCACACUCUCCCGCCCUGUUUCAUUCUUCUCUUCUAUCCGUUCUUUCUCCAGGUGAGUUUUCAACUUCAUUUCUCUUCUCUGCGUACUAGGGGUGCCUAAAAUUUUCCAUGGCUGCUUAACCUGAAGGCCCUUGCUGGUGGAAAUGGCCGUGGAAGAUCAGAAGACCAAUGCUGACAAAUUCACAUGGAGGAUCGAGAAUUUCUCGAAGCUCAAAGCAACUAAGCUCUGCUCUGAAACGUUCCUAGCUGGGGGCCGCAAAUGGUCGAUUAGCAUUUACCCUAAAGGAAAUGGCACCAUUUAUCUCCCUGUAUAUUUGCACUCAAUUGAACUUGAAACAAUGCCGGAUGGGAAGAAUGUGGAUGCCGACUUCACCCUGACUUUAGUCAACCAAAUCAAUGCUGCCUCGUCGCUCCGAAAAUGUGGCAAGAAGAAACCUUUCCCAUUAGGUGGCAGAGGCUGGGGAUUCCCAUCUUUCGUUAUGCUCAGCAAGCUUCUCAAUCCUGAUGAAGGAUUCAUUGUGAAUGAUACUGUGACGAUUGAAGUUCGAGUUUCUAUGGAACAAUUCACUGAUCAGCCUGAUAGUGCAAGCAGAGAAACAAUGAACCCGGAACAGAGAAGCGCGGCUGAUGACCAUCCUUCAGAUAUGGUUUUGAAUUCAGCUGCUAAAGGGCCUGCUACUCCAUUGUCAAUUCAGGUUGCUAGUCCUGCUAACCUUGCUGAAACUACUGAGAGCUCGCACUCAUCGCGAAGUGUGCGACUAACUUCAAGAAGCCUUGGAGCGGAAAUUUCACGACUGAAUAGCAACAUGAAGUCCUCUGGCACCGAUAGUACUUCUAUCUUACUGCAGCAGCAAAGGGAAGCAAUGAUUGGAUUCUUGACCAUGUCACUGGAGGCCAUCUACCAUGCGGAUUCAUUCGGAGACGUUGAAGAAGUUGCCCUGCAGUUAGCUGAUCACCCAACUGCUGCAGUUGACAAGACGCAUCUGAAGGGGUUAUUGACAGAGCUUAAAAAGGGCGUCUCUGGAUCUAUGUCCGUUAUUGAAACCUCCCAUGCCGUCGAAGCUUCUUUGAUGCAGAUGAGCGAGGGUAUGGAGGCGAGGCUUGUUCACAGGCAGAAGCAGCUGAGCUGCUUGGAGGGCGAAGUUAUGAGACUUGGGCAGGAGGAAAAGAAGCUGGAGGCUGAAAUGUGGGAGAUCAUUGCUCGCAAGGCCAGAGUUAGUGAUCAAAAGAAGUUGACAUCUGAUGAACUGGAGAGCACGAGCCAGGAAGCCUCAAGGGAAUUGGAAGAAGUGAAGGAGCAAAGCAACAAGCGGAAGCGGGCUUCUGAGAACAGGUUGAUUGCCCAGGAGAAUCUAGCUCAGCUGAACGCGAGUUGGAAGGUUUUGAAGGAUACGUUGGGUUUGUAAAGGAGGGAGACAUGGUCGCGGUUGGGAGAUUUUUGAGAGUAUAGUGGGAUAGGUAUGCAGAAGUUGGUAAGAUGAUCAGUUUAAGGUGGUCGGGAAUUUUGGAAAUGCUCGAUGGUAAACCGAUUAACUUAUAGUUUGCUAAUGAAAAUAUCAAAAAUUU